ACUAUGAAUACCAGCCCAUGUGAUUUGCCUUAAGAUAUUGUAAGUCAGCCAUUCUGCUAAGACCCUGAAGGUGUGGAGAGGCUUCCAUCAGAGGGUGUUGUAAUCGCUGUUGGAGAGUGUGCUAGACGGGAAAGUUUGUAAAAAUUUCACUCGUCAUUCCCCACACGGUCUUCUAAUUCUCGUUGUGAUCGGCUUGAAAAUUGCGAACGAUACGACAAGCAAUAAGACACGUGGAUUACGCGCAUCCUUCGGAAUUCUUUUAGGUUAGGACGAGGUCAUUCCGGAACGUAUCGCACACGCGCGGUCUAGCGUAACAUAUCACAACGAUUCGCCGAAACGGUAAUUUCCCGAUAUCUACCUUUUUUCUCCAUCCUCUUCUCCGUUCCGCGAGAAAGAAAUCUCGGCAGAUAAGAGACCCGUAUGUUUAUCAGCACUCUCCUCCCCUCUCCUCCCCUUUGUCAUUACGUGUGAUUUCGCAUCACUGUGCAAUCGUGACGAUGGCUACCUGGGAUGGCUCGUAUCCGGAAGAUCUCAGUUACCUGGUUUAUCCCGACCGGAACACAGCCGAUACCGCUGCGGAGAAUUGGCCGUACUUCUCCACAGGAAACACCGCGUAUUUGCGCGACCUGUCGGUGGCAAACUACUAUCCGGGAGCCGCGGGCAGUCAGCACGUCUACGAGCAAAGCAGACCAGCAGCGACAGCUUUCUACCAGCUUGACGCUCAGCACUCGUCAAACAUGGUGCCUUUGAAGAACAAUUCCUAUCAGGAACGUGUACUGCCAAACACCUCGUCCGCGAACAGCGCCUCAACGUCGCGCAACGCACCGCCCUUUUCCUCUCGUGGCAAUUACAGAGGCAAUCGAUCCAGGGAUAACCGGGCAGCUGGCGGCAAGUCUGUGCCGAUGGUCGAUGUCGUUCAGUCCACCGUGGUGGAAAAUUCCAAUCUGCAUCCCAUGGCCGAGGAAUUCGUGCCGAGCAACCAAGCCAGGUUCAGAAGGGACUCCAGAUUCAAAAAGUAUGAUAACAGCAACGCGACGGCGAGCGGUCUCAACGUUCACACACAAGAAUUCAGACCGAAAUCAACAAUUGUCCCAUCGGACAACAGAUAUAAAGGUGAAAGACGUUUCAACAAUCGAAAGGAUUCGAAUUAUAGACAAAAUAAGUCACAGGAACAACCGCAGGCUCUGCCAAGAGCUGGCUAUAAGGAUACUCAUAGGACAUACAAUGCGAGAAAUUGCAAUAAAUUUCAAAACGGCAGGUAUUACAAUAGGAAGCAUCAGUUGGACGUAGAACAAAAUGCCACUAGAGAAGCUUGCACCCAUAUGAUUGAAGUCACUAAUUCAGCCACUUCAUCUAGUAGUCAGGAAAAUAAAGGUGUUUUUGAAGAGAUUCAAGAGGAUGACUCGUAUACAAGUACAAAAACCAAUAGAAGCAAGGAAGAGACGUUGAUGUACAAGGAUAAUGAUUUGGAAAGUGUGUCCUCGAAAAGUCUUGAAGCACGAAGCGGUAGAUCUAAGCGAUUGACUAAUACAUCUAAUUAUCACAAAUAUAAUUUUAACGACAUUCAAUCUGAACCUAGUACCAGACGUAGAACAACAGUGGCAAACACAGCAAAGUACAUGCAAAAAAGAAAUACCGAAGUAACAAGUUACAAAGACAAGAAAACAGAAAAUUGGAGAGACAGGACAGAAAAUAAUGAGAUGGGAUAUGUCACUCAGAGGAAAACUCCAAGGAAAAAAAAUGACAUUAAUGACGACGCAAGUCAGAGGGAAAGAUUGACAGAACAGUUGAACACAGGUACAUUAGAGUGUCUGGUCUGUUAUGAGCAUGUCAAGCAAAACGACUACGUUUGGUCUUGCAGCAAUUGUUAUUAUGUAUUGCAUCUGAGAUGUAUAAAAAAAUGGGCAAAGUCAUCUCAGAGUGAGAACAACAGUUGGAAGUGCCCGGCUUGUCGGGACAUCAGUCUCUUCGUGCCCGAAGAUUAUUUCUGCUUCUGCAGGAAGAUGAAGAUGCCAGAGUGGAAUCGCCGAGACGUGGCACACUCGUGUGGUGAGAUUUGUGGCCGGUAUCUAUCCAAAAAAAAUUGCCCACAUAAAUGCACUCUGCUCUGCCAUCCUGGCUCUUGUCCGCAAUGCGUGGCGAUGGUAACAAAGUAUUGUGGAUGCCGGAGAACAUCCAAGAUGCUUCUGUGCAGCACUCAGGAAUUCUUAAUGUGCGACUCGAUAUGCGGAAAAGGUCUGUCAUGUGGCAAACACAUUUGUCAAAGGAAGUGUCAUCAGGGAGAGUGUGGGCCUUGUGACAAAGUUAUACAACAAACAUGUUUUUGUAGUAAAAAAACUCAGGAGGUACCCUGCCGAGCCAAUGUUGCAGAUAUGUAUUGCUGUGAUAAUAUUUGUAACAAGUCGUUGGACUGCAAAAAACAUCAUUGCCAAAAAAUUUGUCAUCCAGAGCCCUGCGAACCCUGUUCCUUGACGCCCGAGAAAGUUACAAUGUGUUGCUGUGGUCAAACGCCAUUAGCAGAGAAGAGAGAGAGCUGUAUGGAUCCUGUGCCAAUCUGCGAUAAAAUCUGUUCGAAGCGCUUGAAAUGCGGUCAACCUAGUAAUCCGCAUACUUGUAAGGCAUUGUGUCACAUGGGAGAAUGUCCGGAAUGUGUUUUAACCACCGACGUCAAGUGUCGGUGCGGUAAUAUGGACCGCGAGAUUGCUUGCAAGGAUUUGACGAGCAAGGCCGAUGACGCACGCUGUGAGAAACGCUGCAAGAAAAAAAGAUCUUGCGGUAAGCACAACUGCAAUCAAUUGUGCUGCAUCGACAUCGAGCACAUCUGUCCGUUGCCAUGUUCGAAGAACUUAAGCUGUGGUCGGCAUAAAUGCCAAGAAAGAUGUCACAUAGGAAGAUGUUCACCUUGCUUGGAGAGCAGCUUCGAAGAAUUGUAUUGCGAAUGUGGUGCUGAGGUGAUUUAUCCACCGGUACCGUGCGGCACGAGGAGGCCAACUUGCAACCGACCGUGUUCACGCGAACAUUCCUGUGAUCACGAGGUAUUGCAUAACUGUCACAGCGAGCCUACUUGCCCACCAUGUAGCAUCCUGACUCAAAGAUGGUGCCAUGGUAGACACGAGCUUAGAAAAGCAGUACCAUGCCAUGUGAAAGAGAUCUCAUGCGGUCUACCAUGUAACAAGCCAUUGGCAUGUGGACGGCAUAAAUGCAUCAUGAUGUGUCACGUCGGAUCCUGCGAGAGACCCGGACAAACUUGCAUUCAACCUUGCACUGUGACGAGGGAACUAUGCGGGCACAUCUGCGCCGCUCCGUGCCACGAAGCUAAGUGUCCCGAUACUCCUUGCAAAGAGAUGGUUAAGGUUACGUGUCAAUGUGGGCACAGAACCAUGAGUCGCGUCUGUGCAGAUAAUGCGAAGGAAUAUCAAAGAAUAGCGAGCAACAUAUUGGCUAGUAAAAUGGCUGAUAUGCAGCUUGGACAUUCCGUCAAUUUAGAAGAAGUAUUUGGGCAAGGCGCGAAAAAGCAAAAUCAGUUGAAGACUUUGGAAUGCAAUGAUGAAUGCAGGAUAAUUGAAAGAAACAGGAGGCUCGCAUUGGGACUGCAAAUUGUCAAUCCAGACUUGAGCGGCAAACUGAUGCCUAGAUACAGUGAUUACAUGAAACAAUGGGCCAAGAAAGACCCGCACUUCUGUCAAAUGGUUCAUGACAAAUUGACAGAGUUAGUACAGCUGGCAAAGACAUCCAAACAAAAAUCCCGGAGUUAUUCGUUCGAUGUUAUGAACAGGGAAAAACGUCAUUUCGUGCAUGAAUCGUGCCAGCAUUUUGGUUGCGAGAGUCAAGCGUACGAUGAAGAGCCAAAAAGAAACGUUGUUGCCACUGCCGUAAAAGAUAAGUGUUGGCUACCAAGCUACAGUUUACUAGAAAUGAUACAAAGAGAAAAAGGGCAAAGAAAGGUUCCAGGUCCGGUACUUAAUACUUCAAAGGGAAAUAACUCUACAAAGACUGUUCUGGCGUUACCUGUAAAACAGAAUCAGCAAUCGCUGCCAUCAUCAUCAACUGCUAAAACUGCUGAGAAAGAGAUAGAUUAUUUUGACUAUCAAGGAUAAAUCAGCAGUAUAAAAACAAAUUAGUACACACGAAAAUACGAAUUGUACAAUGUGUAUAUUAUCAUAAACAGGGCUUAAACUAGAUACUUAAACUGUAAUUAUAUAUUAAUACUGAUGGGUAAACUCAUGUAUUUGAACAAUUCGAACAAUAUGAAUUUCUAGAUCAAACUUUGAAUUGUUUGAGCUUGAAGAUAUUUGAAUGGUUUACAUUUUUCGACCUGUUAAAUCUGAUUUCAAAAAAAAAACUUCAUUUUCUGUUUGCGGUGAAUAACAUUAGUUUACAAGAAAAAAAUUUUUUAUUAUUUUAAACUAAACACCAGAUAUGUUUCUUAUAGAUUUUUUAUAUUCUAUUUCUUCUAGACAGACCCUGGAAAUGCUAUUAUAAGUCAAUUUUCAUCAAUAAUUUUUUCUGAUAUUUGAACUUUUUGUAAAAAAGAUUAAUUGAGAUUCUUUUGAAAAAUAUGUACAUAAAUGUAUUGUAUAUUUAUCUCCUAUAAAAUAUAGUUUUUCUAACAUAGCAAACUUUCUGCUUAUGGCGAUAAAAUCAAAUAUUUUAUAAUUUGUUGUUAUAAUUAUACAUACACGGUAAUUUAACGUGAUAGAUUCUGCUAAAUGUAUAUAAGUUGUAUAAUUAUAUUACAUUGUGUGUGUGUGUGUGUGUGUGUGUGUGUGUGUGUGUGUGUGUGUGUGUGUGUGUGUGUGUGUGUGUGUGUGUGUGUGUGUGUUUGGCGGAAUCUAUCGCAAUAAAUUACACUGCGUAUGUAUAUUAAUAGCCACAAUGUAAAUGGUAUAUGACUUUGUCAUAGAUAAAAAAUUUGCUAUUUUAACAAAACUUGGGAUUUAAAUCCUUUAUAACAAGGUAGAAAAGUAAGAUAUUGAAAUUUAAAAAAUUUCUAAGGAUAAGACAGUUUAUGACUUCUGAUCAGAACUUCAAAAUAAUUAACGUUAACAUUUGUACCAAAAAUUUAAAUAUCGCAAAACAGAUUUUGCACAUUGAACUUCAAUUAUUUUAGAUAUCUAAUAUGUUAAUGAAAUUUGAUUUAAUUAUAUAUUUUUAACAUUUAAAAAUCUAAAAAGAACUUGUUCAAAACAAUUCUUAAGAAACUGGUGUAAUGUUUUCGCUUAAAUUGUUUUCAAUGUCUAUUCGAACUAUUUGAACAAUGGAACAUUCAACUAAAACAGAUCGAAUUCCAUUUGAGCUGUUCGAGUAGAUCAGAUAAUUUAUUUGAAUCUUUUUUGAAGAAUUUUUUUAUUAAUACUAUGAUCUUGUAAAGAAAGAUACAAGACAAGUAUUAUAUUAUGAGUUAUUUCCGAUUUGUUGUCGACUACAUAAAUUUUAAUUAAGAAAAGUUAUCAAAUAAAAAUGUAACAUUAAUAACGUAAUUUUGUUUGCAAAAGAUUUUGAUAGGUUAAUUAUUUGCAAGAAAGUAUAAUUUUAUUGUAAUUUAGAAUAAUUUACAAUAAAUUUUGUUAAAAUAGAUAUGAGAAUGGCAUGCUCAAAAAUGUAAUAAUAAAAAGAAUUAUCAAUAUACACUC